AUGUUUUCAUUCAUUAUUUUCCUUCACUUAUCUUUUCUCAUUCCUUCCUAUUUUUCUCAUUCUUUUCCUUCACUUUCAAUUUUUCAUUCUUUCCUACUAUUAUCAACAUUUUUUAAAUUUCUUUUCCUCCAUUUCUUAUUUUUCUUCUCUUUCAUUUUUCUUAUUCAUUCUAAUUUUUCUCAUUCUUUGAUUUCACUUUCAUUUUUCACAUUCCUUGCCAUUUUUUCAUUCAUAUCUUUCCCUUUCAUUUUUCUCAUUCUUUCCACUUUUCACCUCACUUUCCUUUUCUUUCAUUUUUCUCAUUAUUUUCCUCCAUAUAUCUUUUCUCAUUCCUUCCUAUUGAUUUUCAAUGUUUCUCAUUCAUUCCUAUUUUUCUCAUUCUUUUCCUUCAUUUUCAUUGUUUUCUUUCAUUCCUAUUUUUAUCAUUCUUUUCCUUCACUUUCAAUUUUUCAUUCCUUACUAUUUUUCUCAUUCUUCUUCUGCAUAUUCAAUUUUUUCAUUCCUUCCUAUUUUUCUCAUUCUUUUCCUCCACAUUUCAUGUUUUUCAUUCCUUUCUAUCACUUUAAUUUUUUCAUUCCUUUUCUCAUUCCUUCCUUUGUCUCAUUCAUUUUUCCCUUUUAUUUUUCUCAUUCUUUCCACUUUUCACCUCACUUUCCUUUUCUUUCAUUUUUCUCAUUAUUUUCCUCCAUAUACCUUUUCUCAUUCCUUCCUAUUUUUCUCAUUCUUUUCUUUCGCUUUCAAUUUUUCAUUCUUUCUUAUUUUUCUCAUUCAUCCCUUUAUUUUCAUUGCUUUCAUUCCUUCUUAUUUUCUUAUUCUUUUCCUUCACUUUCAAUUUUUUAUUCCUUCCUAUUUUUCUCUUUAUUUUCGUGCAUAUUCAUUUUUUUCAUUCCUUCCUAUUUUUUCAUUCCUUCCUGUUUUUCUCAUUCAUUUCCAGCAUAUUCAUUUUUCAUUCCUUCUCAUUUUUCUCAUUCAUUUCCUGCAUAUUCAUUUUUUUCAUUCCUUCCUAUUUCUUUCCUCCCUUCCUAUUUUUCUCAUUCUUUUCCUGCAUAUUCAUUUUUUUCAUUCCUUCCUAUUUCUUUCAUUCCAUCCUGUUUUUCUCAUUCAUUUCCUGCAUAUUCAUUUUUUUCAUUCCUUCCUAUUUCUUUCAUUCCUUCCUAUUUUUCUCAUUCAUUUCCUGCAUAUUCAUUUUUUUCAUUCCUUCCAUUUUUUUCAUCCCUUCCUAUUUUUCUCAUUCUUUUCCUGCAUAUUCAUUUUUUUCAUUCCUUCCUAUUUCUUUCAUUCCUUCCUAUUUUUCUCAUUCUUUUCCUGCAUAUUCAUUUUUUUCAUUCCUUCCUAUUUCUUUCAUUCCUUCCUAUUUUUCUCAUUCAUUUCCUGCAUAUUCAUUUUUUUCAUUCCUUCCUAUUUCUUUCAUUCCUUCCUAUUUUUCUCAUUCUUUUCCUGCAUAUUCAUUUUUUUCAUUCCUUCCUAUUUCUUUCAUUCCUUCCUAUUUUUCUCAUUCUUUUCCUGCAUAUUCAUUUUUUCAUUCCUUCCCUAUUUCUUUCUAUUCCUUCCUAUUUUUUCUCAUUCAUUUCCUGCAUAUUCAUUUUUCAUUCCUUCCUAUUUCUUUUCCUCCUUCCUAUUUUUCUCAUUCUUUUCCUGCAUAUUCAUUUUUUUUUCAUUCCUUCCUAUUUCUUUUCAUUCCUUCCUAUUUUUUCUCAUUCAUUUCCUGCAUAUUCAUUUUUUUCAUUCCUUCCUAUUUAUUUCAUUCCUUCCUAUUUUUCUCAUUCUUUUCCUGCAUAUUCAUUUUUUCCAUUCCUUCCUAUUUCUUUCAUUCCUUCCUAUUUUUCUCAUUCUUUUCCUGCAUAUUCAUUUUUUUCAUUCCUUCCUAUUUCUUUCAUUCCUUCCUAUUUUUCUCAUUCUUUUCCUGCAUAUUCAUUUUUUUCAUUCCUUCCUAUUUUUUCAUUCCUUCCUAUUUUUUCUCAUUCAUUUCCUGCAUAUUCAUUUUUUCAUUCCUUCCUAUUUCUUUCAUUCCUUCCUAUUUUUCUCAUUCAUUUCCUGUAUAUUCAUUUUUUUUCAUUCCUUCCUAUUCAUUUUUCAUUCCUUCCUAUUUUUUCUCAUUCUUUUUCCUGCAUAUUCAUUUUUUUCAUUCCUUCCUAUUUCUUUUCAUUCCUUCCUAUUUUUCUCAUUCUUUUCCUGCAUAUUCAUUUUUUCAUUCCUUCCUAUUUCUUUCAUUCCUUCCUAUUUUUCUCAUUCAUUUCCUGUAUAUUCAUUUUUUUUUCAUUCCUUCCUAUUUCUUUCAUUCCUUCCUAUUUUUCUCAUUCUUUUCCUGCAUAUUCAUUUUUUCAUUCCUUCCUAUUUCUUUCAUUCCUUCCUAUUUUUCUCUAUUCAUUUCCUGUAUAUUCAUUUUUUUCAUUCCUUCCUAUUUUUUCUCAUUCAUUUCCUGCAUAUUUUUUUUUCAUUCCUUCCUAUUUCUUUCAUUCCUUCCUAUUUUUCUCAUUCAUUUCCUGCAUAUUCAUUUUUUUCAUUCCUUCCUAUUUUUCUCAUUCAUUUCCUGCAUAUUCAUUUUUUUCAUUCCUUCCUAUUUCUUUCAUUCCUUCCUAUUUUUCUCAUUCAUUUCCUGCAUAUUCAUUUUUUCCAUUCCUUCCUAUUUCUUUCAUUCCUUCCUAUUUUUCUCAUUCUUUUCCUGAAUACUCAUUUUUUUCAUUCCUUCCUAUUUCUUUCAUUCCUUCCUAUUUUUUCUCAUUCUUUUCCUGCAUAUUCAUUUUUUUUUUUAUUCCUUCCUAUUUCUUUUUUCAUUCCUUCCUAUUUUUUCUCAUUCAUUUUCCUGCAUAUUCAUUUUUUUUUCAUUCCUUCCUAUUUCUUUCAUUCCUUCCUAUUUUUCUCAUUCUUUUUCCUGCAUAUUCAUUUUUUUCAUUCCUUCCUAUUUCUUUCAUUCCUUCCUAUUUUUUCUCAUUCAUUUCCUGCAUAUUCAUUUUUUUCAUUACUUCCUAUUUUCUUUCAUUCCUUCCUAUUUUUUCAUUCAUUCUUUUCCUGCAUAUUCAUUUUUGUCAUUCCUUCCUAUUUCUUUUCAUUCCUUCCUAUUUUUUCUCAUUCUUUUUCCUGCAUAUUCAUUUUUUCAUUCCUUCCUAUUUCUUUCAUUCCUUCCUAUUUUUCUCAUUCUUUUCCUGCAUAUUCAUUUUUUCAUUCCUUCCUAUUUCUUUCAUUCCUUCCUAUUUUUCUCAUUCAUUUUCCUGCAUAUUCAUUUUUUUUCAUUCCUUCCUAUUUCUUUCAUUCCUUCCUAUUUUUUCUCAUUCUUUUCCUGCAUAUUCAUUUUUUUCAUUCCUUCCCUAUUUCUUUCAUUCCUUCCUAUUUUUUCUCAUUCAUUUCCUGCAUAUUCAUUUUUUCAUUCCUUCCUAUUUCUUUCAUUCCUUCCUAUUUUUCUCAUUCUUUUCCUGCAUAUUCAUUUUUUUCAUUCCUUCCUAUUUCUUUUCAUUCCUUCCUAUUUUUCUAAUUCAUUUCCUGCAUAUUCAUUUUUUCAUUCCUUCCUAUUUCUUUCUCCUUUUCUAUUUUUUUCUCAUUCAUUUCCUGCAUAUUCAUUUUUUUCAUUCCUUCCUAUUUCUUUUUCAUUCCUUCCUAUUUUUUCUCAUUCAUUUCCUGCAUAUUCAUUUCUUUCAUUCCUUCCUAUUUAUUUCAUUCCUUCCUAUUUUUCUCAUUCUUUUCCUGCAUAUUCAUUUUUUCCAUUCCUUCCUAUUUCUUUCAUUCCUUCCUAUUUUUCUCAUUCUUUUCCUGCAUAUUCAUUUUUUCAUUCCUUCCUAUUUCUUUCAUUCCUUCCUAUUUUUUCUCAUUCUUUUCCUGCAUAUUCAUUUUUUCAUUCCUUCCUAUUUCUUUCAUUCCUUCCUAUUUUUCUCAUUCUUUUCCUGCAUAUUCAUUUUUUUUUUUCCUUCCUUCCUAUUUCUUUCAUUCCUUCCUAUUUUUGCUCAUUCAUUUCCUGCAUAUUCAUUUUUUCAUUCCUUCCUAUUUCUUUCAUUCCUUCCUAUUUUUCUCAUUCUUUUCCUGCAUAUUCAUUUUUUCAUUCCUUCCUAUUUCUUUCAUUCCUUCCUAUUUUUUCUCAUUCAUUUCCUGCAUAUUCAUUUUUUUCAUUACUUCCUAUUUCUUUCAUUCCUUCCUAUUUUCUCAUUCUUUUUCCUGCAUAUUCAUUUUUUGUCAUUCCUUCCUAUUUCUUUCAUUCCUUCCUAUUUUUCUCAUUCUUUUCCUGCAUAUUCAUUUUUUUCAUUCCUUCCUAUUUCUUUCAUUCCUUCCUAUUUUUCUCAUUCAUUUCCUGCAUAUUCAUUUUUUUCAUUCCUUCCUAUUUCUUUCAUUCCUUCCUAUUUUUCUCAUUCAUUUUCCUGCAUAUUCAUUUUUUUUCAUUCCUUCCUAUUUCUUUCAUUCCUUCCUAUUUUUUCUCAUUCUUUUCCUGCAUAUUCAUUUUUUUUCAUUCCUUCCUAUUUCUUUCAUUUCCUUCCUAUUUUUUCUCAUUCAUUUCCUGCAUAUUCAUUUUUUCAUUCCUUCCUAUUUCUUUUUCAUUCCUUCCUAUUUUUCUCAUUCUUUUCCUGCAUAUUCAUUUUUUUCAUUCCUUCCUAUUUCUUUCAUUCCUUCCUAUUUUUCUAA